CACUGUGGCCAAGGAUGGUGAGUACUCUCCAAAAAUACUAGCAGACGUCCUCCACGAAAGCACCAACUGACGAUGAAUUUCCUGAACUGUAGCCAAUUUGGCUUCUCAAACUCCUGCAUCACGAGCAACAUCCCCACUGUGGAUGGGACCUGCGGCUCCAGCAAGGGCGGGUUCACCUGUGCGGGAGGAGACUUCGACAACCAGUGCUGCAGCUCUGGCGGAUUUCGUGGCACCACGGCUGGCUAUUGUGGCUCCGCAUGCCAGACGGGUUUCGGGCGAUGUAACUAGA